CCUCCCAGUUACUGGACGACCCGCUCUACCCUCCCGAGUCAUGCUUUCCUGCGAAGCCUCCAGGAAGACGCAUGGCUUUUCAACAGCAUUAGUAAGAGGCUGUCGCCAGUCCCGUACUUCCUGGUGCCCACGGAGCCGCAGAUCUUGAGCAGAAACAUGGACGGGACAGACACUGCCAGACACAACAGAGGACGAUACUCAAAUCUGAAGCGGGUUCUUUUGCUCUUGUCCGUGGCAGGCCUGCAGCCCGGGUUAACACGGUCUAUGGAAGGAGAUGAGACGAACUCUGAUGAAAGCGAGGAAAGUGAAACCGGAGGCUGGGUGGCGCAGAUCUCCGGUCCAGACUACGUAACAGUGGGUGUGCCGUGCAGCUUCACAUGUGAUGCCGGCUGCCCCUCCUCCUCCUCCUGUACAUAUUCUAUGGCGCUGGACGGGCAGCGUGCACAGGGCCGGGGCAACGUGCUCGCCUUCACGCUCACGCAGUGGGUGGAGGCCCUCACCCUGACGUGCACCGCCGAGGACGACAAGACCGGCUUGACUGAGACCAAGACAAAGAAGCUGCAGGUGUUGGCCGGACCUGCCAACAUCUCCAUCCUGGGCUCUGACCUGAUGAGACCGUCGGUCAGCCACAGCUACAGCUGCCACGCCUACUGUCGGCCAUCUUGCCACUACACCUGGCGGGUAGAUAAGGGCCCGUGGAUCAGGAGCCAAGGGAAUGUCAUCAAUAUCACUCCCCAGGAACUAGACACGGCCAAAACAAUCAUCUGUAAAGCCAGCAACAGCGUGUCUGGACUCUUUGUUGCGGCAGCCAGAAAUAUAACUGUGACAUCUGGUGCAUCAGAAGUCCGUAUCGAAGGCCCAGAUUAUGUUGAAGUUGGGAAAAGGUCAAAGUUCACAUGUGUCGCCGACUGUACUCCUUCCUGUCGCUUCCUCUGGUCGGUGGAUGGUCAGAGUUUAAGGGGGAGUGAGAUUGAAAUGACAGUGGAACGCCCACUGAAGUCCAUCACCAUGAAGUGUGAGGCUCAAAACACACUCACCAGGAAGUCCACCACAGUCUCCAAAACUGUAUGGACGUCAGAUUUCAACAUGGCCCCCCAUGCUGACCAGACCACAGCUCUGCUCCUCUGCACCUUCUUCAUCGCCACUGUAGCUCUGCUGUGAUCCAGAUUGUGGCAGCAGAGCAUCAGGAGGCUAUGGAGCCAGGUCAAAUGUGGAGGACUUGGAAGUUGACAGAAAUACGAGAAAAUAAUUGAAUUCAUGAUGCCAACACCGUCUGCGGACAUGGAAAACAAUAACGACUGCAACAUCAAUAAAAUACACUGAGGAAUUUUCACAAACUGGCUCAGUGUCAUAUAUAUAUAUAUAUAUAUAUAUAUAUAUAUAAAGGCAAUUUAAUUUUAAACAUCAGUAUGCACGUACUACUUUAAAGCAGAUGUGUACUUCGGUAUGUGGCGUGGAAUUCUUUAGAGAAGGAUCUAAAGGGUUGUAAAAAUAUCUUUCAGCUCAAGAAAGUGUAUAAGGAAAGAAUAAUUACACAACGUGGGGUCCUCACGUAAUGGGUUUUCAGUUGAUGGUGAAUUAUUGUGUAUGGCUUUUUGAUUCUUUUUCAUUUCCCAUGUUGCUGUAAGUAUCAGUUGUUGAGUAACUGACUGACAGACCGUCUAGUCUGUUGUUUAUUUAGGUUUGAGUAAGGGGCAGGCAAAUAAGAUUUUCUUCUCCCUGCUCCUUUUCCAUCGUGGAAUGUGUAAAGUGAGUUGUGUUUGAUCAUGAAUUGCUUGUUUUUGUCUGGAGCUGUGUGUUAUUACCAUGAGCCCAAUAAAUCAUAAUGACAUGACAUAUAUACUAUA